CACUGAAACUGAAAACCUUAGACGCAGAUCUAAAAGCGAAUCGAUUCGAAUUCUCUCUCUUUCUUGAGAAAUGGCGAUCUCAAUCUCUAAAAUCAUAGGGUUCCUGCUUCUUGCUAGUCUCCUGAUCUCUUCCUCCGCGGCGCAGUCGCCGGCUCCGGCUCCGUCGAGCGGCGGCGGAAGGCGGAUCUCUCCCGCCCCUUCGCCGAAGAAGACAACUUCUCCAACUCCCGCAACUGCUCCGGCUCCGGAUUCAUCAGUCAGCUCGCCACCGUCGCCGCCGCAAGCUGUUUCUCCUACCGCCGACUCGCCGGCAGUCACUCCGUCUUCGCUCUCAACUCCGCCGGCGAACGCUCCGGGUCCCGCCCAGAACAGUGCCGUUUCGAACAGAUUCGCUGUGUUUGGAUUUGUAGCGGUAGUUUUGUGCACCUCCGUUUUGGUUGUGUAAGUUUGACCGAGGGGAGGGUUUUCGAGUCGGUUUUAUUUACUUCAGAUACAUAUCAAGAGAGAUUAUUCUUUGUUUUCGUUUCCUGUUUAUGGCUUUGUUUUUUUUAAAGGGAAUUAAUAUUUGAUUUCCAUGGUGUGUAUCCAUAGUAAUAUUAUUAUCUAUCAUUUUUUUCUAUUAA